GACUGUGACCUAGGAUUAAUAGGCGCUUGGUACAAGUUCCUUUUGGUGAAGUGAAAAUAUCUCCGCAGGGCGUUUCAUAAUUUGUCAUGUAACGUGACUUUUAAUUAUUCACAUGUUAUUUUUAAUGGUUUCCGGUGUUUUCAGUGCUCUUUUUAUAUAUUCAUGUAUUAAAUUAAUCCGCAUAGAAGGAUUCAUUUGACAGUUUGACUAUCAAUUGUACACAUUUCCCAUGAUGAGUUAUCAGUUUUUAACAAAAAAAUUUUGCAUCUCUUCAUUGUCCUUUAUUUAAACAACUUUUCAUAUGAGCUUUUAGGACGAUAAUUAUUUCAAAUGCCUUAAAUUUUUAUUUGCAAUACAUCUUAUAUGAAUAAUAAAUGUUAUAAAUGUCUGAUAGCAACAACAACAAUAACAUUUAUAACGGCAAAUAUCCGCUUAUUUCGUCUCCAACUAUUUCCACUUCAGUCGGUUUAGGAAGUACUACUCAACAACAUACAUAUUCUAAUGUAAUUAAUAAUGAUCUAAACAACUGUACUGAUGAGUCUAAUUCCACUGUCAUCUCAUCUAGCACUAAUGAUAUUGAUAGACUUUUAUCAUGUAUAACUUCAAAUGGAAAUUGUUAUCCUACAUAUACUUCUACUCAUCCUACAAUUCAAACACAAUUUUCUAAUGAUGUAGAAAGUGAGAUUUCUACUCAUCACCAGCAGCAAAAACAAGAAUCACCCGGUGGAAAUAAUUCAUCUACAAAUUUAUGUGGUUUUAGAAUUAAAUGUGAAGCUGAUAGUGGUUUUUCGCCGAUUGGGAAUUUGUCUGGACAAUCUGCGCCAAUCUCUAAGUCAUCGUACGAGAUGAUGUGUAACAGUAAAUCGACCGCCACUAACUCUACGUUAGAAUCUUUCUCAGGGAAAACUGAAUCAUUUGAGGAACAUGAAAUAGUUGAUGAUCAAUUUAUUGAAAAUCAGAAACUUGUCGAAACGUGUGAAUCUUUACGAGCACAUCCACAAAGCAAUAAGACUAAUAGUAAUAAUGAUACAAAUGAAUCUAUUUCAUCUCAAUCAACAAGAUAUAUAUCAUGUUCAUCAGUGGAUCAACUUACACUACCUCAGACUAAUUUAAGUAAUCAUUUUCAUUCAGAUAAUAUUCUUAAUCCAGGAUGUAAUAACCGUAUAUUGAACAAUUCUCCAGUUCGUAUUGUAUCUCAGGGUCGACUGGAUAAUGAUAACGCAAGUGUUAACUCUUCAUCAGACUUUACAGCUGAUGCGCUUACUUUCAUUGAUACAUCAUCAACAUGUAUAAAUACAUUUGAUACAAAUGAACGUAUGCUUACAGGAACACCUGAUUUUUCUUGUUUCUUUCCUAAUACAUUAUGUGAUCCGCUGACUAAACGUUUUACUUCUAAUGGUCAUACACCAUGCGCUGGUUUUCCUGUAACUAAUCAGGCCGAUUCAAAGGUUCUAAUAGGUCUCAGUCCUCUAUCGAAAUCGCAUCGUUUAUGUUAUCCAUAUGAUGCAUAUGAACCACUGAAAAGUGAUUUCAAAGAACACUCAAAUAUAAAUAACAAUAAUACUGUUGAUAGAGCUCAACCGAAUUCUUCACCGAAUAGGCUUAAAAAUAUACUAAACAGUACAUUAUAUGAUCGUACUGGUAGUAACAAUGGGUCUAAUUCCGUUACAACGCCUAUAACUUGUAAUAAUGAUGAAGCGGUGAACUUGAUUACUGACUCUGGUCAAAAGAGUCUUGUAAAUUGUAACGAAGUUCAAUUACCAGGAUUCAGUAGUCCUGAAUCAGCUUUCUAUCAAUAUCAAAAUAAAAUGGAGGGGCAAAGAUGUCAAGUGUGUGGUGAGUUGGCAGCCGGUUUCCAUCAUGGAGCAUAUGUAUGUGAAGCUUGCAAAAAAUUUUUCAUGCGUCAUUCGAUGGCUGAUACAAAACCGACAAACGUCUGUCCAACUGGUGGCAACUGUAUAGUGGCUAAAGGUAGUCGUGGGAAAUGUCAAAUUUGUCGUUACCGUAAAUGUUUACUUGUUGGGAUGAAAAUGAAAGAUCCAGAAACUCAAUCAGAAAUCGAUAUUUCUAAUAUUCCUUGUCGAGUGUGUGGCGGUAGAUCGUCUGGAUUUCAUUUUGGUGCAUUAACAUGUGAAGGAUGUAAAGGUUUCUUUCGUCGUACGGAAGGAUCAUCUAAUUCAUUAGUUUGUGUAGGUGGUCAAAAUGCUUGCACUAUAACACCUCGAAGUAGAAAUGCUUGUAAAAGUUGUCGUUUUCGUCGAUGUUUAGCAGCAGGAAUGUCUAAAAAAGGUAGCCGAAUUGGUCGUCAACCGAAUGCAGUCAAAUUUCAUUGUGCCAUUGAAAUUAAACAACUACAGGCUAUUCGUGGUAAUUCAUCUAGUUCAACAGGUGGAUUAUCACCGAGUCAAAGUUCCACAGGUUGUCCUUCAUAUAGUCAAUAUAAUCUUAGUGGAGUUGGUGGAAUUAGGAGUGGUAGUAGUGAUGCAUUAACUUCGUCCAUAAAUCAUUAUCGACAUAUAAGUCGAAGUGAUAAUGAUAAUAAUGGUGAUAAGAUGAGUCCUAAUUACAGUUCAACUGCAAUAAAUCCGAUAAAUUCUUCAUUGAAACAAGACAAUUUAUUAAUUUCGAGUGAUUGUAAGCCAACACAACCACCCUUAUCUUUAUUAUUCUUCUUACCGCCGAAUUCUAUGUCAAAUCAUCAUCAAUUAACAACAUUAAGUGAUUCGAAGUGUGCACAAUUAUCAUCUGCUUGUUAUUCAAAUAAUCAUGAUAGUGUUGAACAGGAUGAUGUUGAUAAUGAUGAUAAUGACGGCGACGAUGAUGAUAUUGAUGAUGAUGAUGAAAUGCAAUCAAUUAAAUCUGAUUACAAUCUGGAAUCUGAUACAUCUUCUCUAUCGACUAAUUUAAAAUUGCAAAUGUAUAAACAUAUGCAUAUGCGAUCAUCACCACUUAACGAUUCUUCCCAAUUGGUUCGUCAUUAUUCCAAUGGAUCAUCUAGUGUAUAUGACGCUUUAGAACGACAUGCUUUGGAUCGUACCGGUGAAUCUAUCACAUUUAAUGAUGAUAGAAAUGAUUCACACCCCAUAUGUAGUAGUUCCAAUAACGGUAAUGAAGGUAGUAUUGAUCAAAACUCAGGUUACAAAACAGUCAAAUCUAUUCCGCUGCAUCAAUCACCUAUUUCAGAAUCAUCAUCGGCUACAUUUUGUGCAUCUCGUUUGCUUAAUAAUAAAAAAUUAUUAUCCUUUUAUUCUCAGGAACAUCAAUUACAAUCAUUAUCAUCUCAAUCCAGUAUCAAUUGUUCUCUGUCAUCUACCUCUCCUACUCCUACUACUACUUCCUUGUGUUCUUCUCAACGUUCCUCUUCACCUUUUUCACUAAUCUCUUCAAAUCUGUCUCAGGUGCAAACAUGUAUAUCCACUAUACCGAAUUCAGAUAAUGAACGUGUUAAUAAAGUGAAAUUAUCUACCUCCAGCUUUUCAAACUCAACUAUCAAUACUACUGAAUGUAAUAGUACUACUACUACUCCUACACUGACAACCGUUAAUACAAAUAUAUCAUCAAACACAACAGUGGCAAAUAAUACAACUGCCAAUCGUCACAAUUUCAUAAGUUUCGAUGAUCCGUCAUUUUGGGAAGACGUAGAAGAUACUUUACCAUCAAUCAAUGUAACUUCUGAAGCUGUUUCACAAUUCACUGAUGGCAUGCGUACAGCUACUGAAUUUCUACGAUUACCAAAUGCAGUAAGUUUUUUAAGUGAAGAAUGCUAUUCUAUGGCAGUUACAUACAUUGUAAAUUAUUGCACAUAUUCAGGCUAUGAUAUAGUAGUUACAGCAUUCGAAUUCCAACCCGUAAGUUACAAUUCUAAACGUGCUUCUUAGUUCACCUCAAUUUGAACAGAUGAACAGGGUCAUCAUGCCUUAUGCAAAUGAAGUAGCUGAACGCUAAUUACAUAAAUCUCUGUAUUCGGUAAAUGACUUACAUAACAUAACAUGUUUCUAUUUGUUAAUUUUGUUUCCUGAAGUGAUAAUUCAUCCAAGAACCCAGUCACAAAAUGUAAAAUGAAUGAAUUCUAGAGAUAAGAACCACUAACGCUACCUGCUUGAUAGAUAAUAUUAGGAUAUUAAAAGUUUCCCAACCUAUGGGAUAAAUAACUAAUCACUAUUUAAAUGAAAGUCACAAAUCAAUCAAUGAUCCUUUACAUCUGUCCGUUAUACCACUCAUGGUAACUGAACUUUGUGUAGAGUAAACCAAUAAUUUUAGAAUAUGCUCUAUAUACCGUUUAAUCAUUCGGUUCAUAAAUUCAACGACCACUUUAUGGUAGCGUCACUUAUAACAUUUACAAAACAGUUGAGAUCUCAUAACUUUGUGAAUAAUGACCUUGUGUGUGUACGUUUUGAAUUGCCAAUCAGAAGUGUACUUCUUUACUGAUUGAAUCGUUUCGACUUCUGACCGUCGAAUUACAACAUCAGGCCCUGUUCUAUCUGCGUGUUCAGUUCCUACAACCAUCUUUUAUUUCCAGUUAAAACAGAUGAAAUAUCUUCAGUACGAACUAGUGUCAAAUGAGAAACCAUUCCAAUCUAGAAAACAUUGGUUAACUGUUUCAUUUUUGUUUGGAAUCCAUCGGGAUUCACCACCCCUGAUUUCAUAGACAUAAUAGGUAUCAAGACUUUUUAAUUUUUACAGUAAGGACUAUACCUUUAGGUCAUCUAAUGAUGGAAAGUUUUGUGGUUUAAAUCACAAACUGGCCUUAAUUAUACAACCAUUUAAAACUGGGAAGCAUUAGACAGUUAAUUCGUCGUAUUGAUGAACCCCUCAUUAGUGCAAGUCCAUGACCCCACCAGGGAUAGACGCUCAACCUUUAGACUCCUGAGUCAGGAUCCGAUAGGUUACAUUUUAAACUUAAGUCAAUUUACGAUAUUGUGAAGCCAUCUUCCAUUGUCAUUGUUAAGUCAGUUACACCUGACAUAACUGAACUCCAAGAACCACCUCUCGAAAUUAGUCAUUAUUACCUAUUAUUAUUAUUAUUAUUAAUUAUUGAUUGCUAAUUAUUAUUAUUCAUAUGAAGAAUUUGUGAAGAUUGUUGAGUUCCAUAAUAUACAUCACGAACUGACCGUAGACACACAGUAGUGAUCUAACCUGACGUAUUUUUAUACACAAACCUUUACCCGUACUAUUCAACGUUAUUUAUUUAUUCAGACUAAAUAUUCUUACUUAAGUCUUUCCAUAAAAUUUGUUCUAUUCACUUCAGAUUUGAGCGGCCGAAUAUUAGUGUCAUCAACCAAGUACAUAAUAGCUGAUCGUAUGUGAUAACUGUGUUACAUUCAUACAGUGAAACUAACUGAUACAGUGACCUAAGAUUAUUGAAUCUAUGAUUCAUUAUUAGCAAAGCAGCUUUGUACAUAUCGACAGAUAUUUAUUAGUUUCACAUAAACUUUCUUUACGUUUGCAUCAUAUACACACAAUAACAGCUGAAAAAUAAUCGUAUUGGGUAUUUUGUGCCUAGUUUUCAGACUUUUGACCUGAUUUCUAAACUAGAUGGUAAUAUGCUUCGUCGUUGAACUUAUUCCUAUUACAAGAAUACUAGGAUAUCAUUUAAAAUCACGGUGACCAACGCGUUUUCCGCUGUGAAAUGGUAACUUCAUUCACUGUCUCAGUCAUCAUCAAUGUAGGACUUGACACGAAUGGAUGUCGUUCCAACUUACCACACCUU